AUGGGGGAAAACUACCUUCAAGGAACAUGUAUUUUUGUGAAGGUCAUGGAUUUUAGCAUGGAGGAAACUCGACUUGUCUACGUUUCCAACGUAAUAACCUGUAUUUUCAACGCCUGCUUUGCCCUAUCAGCAAUUACUGGCAAUCUACUAGUUCUGUUUGCAAUAUGGAAAACGCAGCUGAAGCUUUCCCCUUCUAACAUCCUUCUAUCCACCCUUGCCUUCGCUGAUCUUCAAGUUGGCCUGAUAGUUCAAACGAGUUUCGUCGGCCAUAAACUUGCAGAGAUUUCCGGAACCGGCGACUUGGCAUGUUACGCACGCUUUGUUAACAUCGUUUUUGGCUACGCCACAACGGCUGUUUCAUUACUCACGUUGACGGGGAUUGCGAUUGAACGAUUUUUGGCGCUCUACUUUCACCUUCGAUAUAACGAAGUUAUAACAAAAAAGCGCAUUCUUAUAACCGCUGGCGUUUUCUGGGUGUUAGCAUUCGUUGUGACUUCUGUUUAUUUCCUGCAAAAAAAUGUUUUCGGUGCAAUAGUGAUUACUUCCGAGUUAGCAUCCAUCGUAAUAACCUCUGUGUCGUAUAUCAAGAUUUAUAAAAUCGUCAGACGACAUGAACGUGAAAUAAAUUUACAACGAAGAGUAUCGGUCGAUCCCAAAGCUCAAAUUGAGUUGAAUAUGAAGAAAUAUCAGCGAUCUACUUUUACAAUGGUUAUAGUGUUCAUGCUCUCCUUCGUGUGUUACGUGCCGUACUCUGGUGUCAUGGUCGCCAAACUUAAGUAUGGCUUUACAGCUAAAGUAAAAGUUGCGAUUGACAUUUUUUCGACUGUAGUAUGUAUCAACAGCUCACUGAAUCCCUUGAUAUAUUGUUGGCGGAUAAGAGAAGUCAAGCUAGCUGUGUGGGCAGUGGUUAAGCGCAACAGUGCUGUAUCCCCCGUGCAGAAUGAACAAAGCAUGCUGACUCGCGCUCCAGCGACGAUGCAUCUGCGAAAAAGUUUGAAAAAAAGAAACACGCCGCACCCGAAAAAAAUAUGA